AUGGCACCUGAUCUCCCUCCGCUGCAACUCCGCCGUGCUGAACCCCUUGUGUCUGCGUCUGGCGAGCCCUCGCCUGCGCUUCCCUCGACACCACCUGCAUCCCACUAUAACUUUCUCCGCACCCUCCCCCGUCGUCGUUCGCUCAGAGACAAGGUCAACUCGGGCAUCAACAAGCUGCUUGCACGUGCCAAGUCCUUCACUGCCCCCACUCCCCUCACCAACACUCCCACCAAGGCCAGGGAGUUUGAAGAGCUCCCCAGUCCCAGCAUUAAAGCACGUGAUUUCGCCCACCGACGGACGGCCAGCGACUCGGUCAGGUCUUUGCCGCAGCUGCACACCCAGAGACACGACGACGAUCCCUCCCCCUCCCCCUCCAAGCGCCCGCCCAACUUGAUCUUGACUCGCUCACGUGGUUCGAGUUCGACCCCUCGCGUACCAGAGGAGAACGAGGAUGAGGACAACGAUAGCGAAGAGGUCAAUUCUCCCAAGGCGUAUCUUCCCGACAUCGAUCCGGCACUGGCCAGCACAAGUCUCUUUGCAAUGGACGAAGCCGGGAGUAGUUCGUGUGAUUCGGACCCACCUGCGUCUAGGCAGGAGCACGACGAGAAGCCUACGUAUGUCAGCACAUCCGCUCAGGCUGAAGCCCAGGCUCGGGCAGACCCCGUGGGACCCAUCGUACCCGCCAUACUCGUCCAAGGAACACCCAUGUACAAGGUAUCUCCAAAGACACCCAAGAAGGUCAAACAGAAGUUUUUCCGACUCGACGCAGAUCAAGGAAUCGUCACUUGGGAAAGCGACAAGGCAGGAAUCAUCCAGAUUGAAAACAUCAAAGAGAUUCGGACCGGCCAAGAGGCGAGAUAUUACCGCGAGCAGUUCAAGAUACCAGCCGACCGGGAGGAUCGAUGGAUGACCAUCGUAUACACGUCUGAACUGAUCGUCGUGCUCGUUUACUUUGCGCCACUUUCGACUCGCUUCCUUCUUCGGCCGCCCCCCACUUACACCAUGCGUCUCUGGUCUACCACCCUCGACUCUCUUCGCGAGUUGCGCCAGAAUAUUAUGAGUGGGAUCGUCUCUCCCGCUGGCUUCUGGGAGAAGCAUUAUUGGAGCGGAGCCGACAUCAGUACCGAUGGGAAGUUGGAGAUUGAAGAGGUCGAGAGGCUCUGUAGGCGUUUGGGAAUUGGUUGUGAGCGAAGUGAAGUCAAAGAAUGGUUCCAGAACGCAGACAAGGGCGGCAAGGGCUACCUCCAGUUUUCAGAUUUCCGCGCCUUUGUCAAGAGAUUGCAUGCUAGGCCUGAGAUUAAGCGGUUAUGGAAUCGGAUGCGUGGAGAUAGGUUGUUUGAUCUCGAGGUGUUUGCCAAGUUUAUGAAGGAGGAGCAGAUGAUGGAGAUUACCGACUCGGAGCUAGUACGGAUAUUCAAGAAAUACGCAACGGGCGGGGUCGAAUUACCGACUCCCCCUUCAGAACUCUUUGUGUCCGAGUCCCCAACCGUAUCUUCCCCGCCCUCGGGCUUCAAGCCUAAAACUCGAUCCCGCUCAAGAUCAAGGUCCCGUUCGGGCUCGUUUUCGUUUGCCGCCAAAUUCAAAAACGCCCAACCCGCCUCUCCGACUGUAUGCUCUUAUCCCGACAAGGAACCAGGGGCGCCCAUCCUUCAGUCAUUGACAACCCCCCACUUCACCCUGGACGAUUUCUCCGCCUUUUUGCUGAGCGCGGACAACUCGGCUUUCGAAGACAAGGAACACGACAUGACCCGCCCGCUCUCUGAAUACUACAUCUCCUCGUCCCACAACACUUACCUCCUCGGACACCAGCUCGUCGGCGAGUCGACUAUCGAAGGGUACAUCCGGUCCCUCGGCGCGGGCUGCCGAAGUGUCGAAGUCGAUAUCUGGGACGGGGACCACGAGCCGGUCAUCACUCACGGACGCACUUUGACGGGCUCGGUCCCUCUGCGCCACGUUGCCCAAGCCAUUGCGCGAUACGCGUUCGUGGCGUCUCCUUAUCCGGUCAUCAUCAGCGCCGAAAUGCACGCAGGGAUCGAGCAGCAGACGAUGGUCGCCCAGAUCCUGAAAGAGGAGUUCAAGGACAUGCUGGUCACCUCUCGUCUAGACGGUUCGACCGACCCGGAGGAGCUGGAGUAUUUGCCGAGUCCCGAGCAGCUCAAGCAUAAAGUGCUGGUCAAGUUUAAGAAUGCGCUUUUGAGCGAGGUCGAGGUUGAAGGAGAGGUUGAGGAGACUGAUGUGGGUACCACGGAUACGGAUAGCAUUAAAGGCGACCUGUCCCGCGCACGAACGAUCGCGAAGCGCGUGCGCUCAAGUUUCCGCUCGAACCGUCGUCCGGACCCGGCAGACUUUUCACCCCCGCCCACACCCUCCAACACACUCACCCUGGACCCGAUGUCCGCAGCGACCCCCACCUCCCCACCGCGCAAAAAACAACGCGCAUACUCGAACCGAUCCGAGCUCGAGCGGCCGAAACUCAAGAUGUCUCGUUCCCUGGCCGAUCUGCUCGUAUACACCGUCGGCGUCAAGUUUCGCGGGCUGAACAAGAAGGAACAUUAUACCGUCGAGCAGAUGUUUAGUCUUUCCGAAAAGACCGCGAACAAGGUUUUGAAGGAGAACGCGAUGGGGUUGAUCAAGCACUGUCGCACGAAUUUGGUCAGGGUGUAUCCGAACGGGACGAGAGUGUCGAGCACGAAUUAUGAGCCUGCGAGGUACUGGGCUGCUGGUGUUCAGUUGGUCGCUAUGAAUUGGCAGACGAUCGAUUUGGGAAAUAUGAUGAACCAGUCGAUGUUUUUGCGUAACGGUCGGGCUGGGUACUUGUUGAAACCCGAGGCACUCAGGGUCAAGGAUAAAGAUUUGUUGGCAAAGCGAGUUGACUACGUUUUAAGCAUUACCAUCAUUUCCGCCCAACAAAUCCCUCGAAAACGAGACGAAAACGGCCGAGAAAUCAUCAAAGACGGUCUCAUUGACCCACUUGUGGAAAUAUCCCUCCAUGCACCCGACUCGAGCAGCACGGGGCCACGUACAUAUCGAACGACUGCGAUCCCGAACAACGGGUUCAAUCCGAUCUGGGAAGAAACCGUGUCGAUUCCGUUUACAUGCACCGCGGACAUGUGGGAUCUCAUCUUUUUGCGGUUGGCCGUGUUCAAUGAUGAUGACGAUGAGGAACCGCUGGCGGUAUAUUGCUCGCCGCUGGCUAGUUUGCGAAAGGGAUACCGGCAUCUCCCUCUACACGACCUUCAGUUCUCGCAAUAUUUAUUCUCCUCGCUAUUCGUACAUAUAUCCCUCCGUCCGGCCCAUACUUCUCCUCAACCAUGA